AUGCUGCUUGAUUAUGAGAAGUCUAUUCUUUUGGAUAUUCACAGCGAAAGUGUUGUCUUUGUGUGUGCUGAAGGAUUAGAUAUAGAUUUUAUCAUUUAUAAUAUGAUUAAACUACAUUGCGAUCCCCAAAAUUUGGUCUUAGUAUCCAACUAUAAUGUCAAUGAAGCCCGACAUUUGAUAAAUAUGCUUAAACAGGAUGACACACUUCAUAUACCCUCUGUCAUUACCGCAGAUACUAAUACGAGAGACCGUGAAACCAUUUAUAAGCGUGGUGGCGUCGUCUUUGUGAGUUCUAGAAUACUUGUUGUUGAUCUACUGAUGGAGCGUAUGCCGUCAGUACUUGUUUCUGGUGCCUUCAUACUUAGAUGUCAUCAAUUGCAAGAAUCUUGUCAGGAAGCUUUUGCUCUUCGUAUUCUCCGCGAGCGAAAUCCAGAUAUAUUCAUAAAGGCUUUUAGUGAUAAUUCUAUAGCCCUCACAUCUGGCUUUAAUCAUGCUGAACACUUGAUGAUGCAACUUGGUAUAUCCCGUAUUCUUCUAUGGCCACGCUUCAAUUUACAUGUCUAUAUGUCAUCCCAAAUGCUUACUUGUCAGUCAUAUCUUCUGGAACUAGUCAAGCUUACCUUGCGAGAAUUGGUUAGCUUAAAUCCGUUUCUCAAAACCGAUGAGUUCACCCUUGAAGCAGCCCUAAGCAAUUCGUUUGGGAAAUUAGUCAAUCUCUAUCUCGAUCCAGUAUGGCACCAAUUGUCAUCCUCUAGUCGACGACUAAUACAAGAUUUAUCAGGCUUGCGCCGCCUACUUCGUACUUUAAUCAAUUCAGAUGCAGCCUCUUUUCUGGCAGCAUUAGAAGGCAUUCGUACAAACCAACUUGUUCCAUUGACUGGUAUUGGUCGUUCUGGAUUUGGAACACUUGGUGAUGCUAAUUUAGUAAAAGGGUGCUCUAAUUGGCUUUUAACUGAUCAAGCUGAUAGAUUGCUGAUUGCAGCUCGAAAAAGAGUCUUUUCAAACUAUUCGAAGCGUAGCGUUGCUAUUGAAAUGAAUCCUAAAUGGAUUGCACUAAUAGACGUUUUGAAAGACAUAUAUGACGCACAACUAUCUUCCAGAAGCCACAGUUGUUCUAUGGGCGGUCACUGUACUCAUCAGGUGCUUGUCCUUCUAGAGCGUGCCUCAACAGCCCAGCUUUUGAUUAGAUUCCUAAUACUUGGACCUGGUUUCGUUGCCCGUCAAUUGACGCGUGAUCAUCUCCUUGGCCUGAUUCCACAAGCCCCAGCAGGAAGCAACCAAGAGAAUAACAAACGUCGUGUCCUGGCCAAAGCUCGUCUCAUCGAGCAAGUACAAAUUCCAACUUCGCGGGCCGUUCAGUUUACAAAAAAGGCGUCAAAGGUGACCUAA